CUCCUCUUUUGACACCCAAAUGACACCCAAAUGCUCCACUGCGGCUGGUCUAAAAGAAAACAAAAGUAGUAUAAAGUAGUGAUGAUAUAUGCACAAUGGAGAUCAUAAAAAACAUAACACUCAUAAUAGUACAAGAAUGGCGACACCGGAAAACAAAAACCAGAAACCAAGAAUGAUAAUUAUACCAGCACCAGGAAUGGGUCAUCUCAUCCCCUUCGUAGAAUUCGCCAAAAAAAUGGAAAAUUCUCAUCAAAUUUCCUCCACAUUCAUUUUCCCCGAUUUCGGUUUCCCCAUGAAAUCCCAAAAAUCAUACCUUUCUCAAGCUCUCACCCCUUCAAUGUCCAUCGUCUACCUCCCUCCCGUCCCUAUCGUAGACCUCCCCGCCGACGAAUUCAUAGCGACCCGAAUCGCCCACGCCGUCACCCGCUGCGUACCCGCCCUUCGCAAAGCAAUCCAAGACCUAUCCAAAUCGACCCGAUUCGUAUCCAUGAUUGUUAGUUACGUGGGUACAGAAGCCUUUUCAAUAGCAGAUGAAUUCAACCUUUUCAAAUACGUUUUCAUGCCAAUCGCAGCAAUGACAGUUGCUCUUUUUAAGUACUUGCCGGAGCUCGACGCUAGCUGUACUUGUCAGUAUAAGGAUCUGACUGAGAAGAUUAAAAUACCCGGAUGUGUGGAAAUAGACGGGUCGGAUCUACCUGAUUGGGUUGAGGAUCGGGAAAGUGGGAUUUAUAAGUGUUUGCUUUAUCAUAGUAAACGAUAUGGAGAGGCGGAUGGGAUUUUGAUUAAUAACUUCCGGUAUUUCGAAUCGGGUGCGUUUGAAUUCCUAUCGGGUGUAAACGACCCGACUGUUUACCCGAUUGGGCCCUUACUGAAAGCAGGAGAAGGGUCGGGCGGGGAUGGGGAUGACAAUGGGUCGAACUGGAGAGCGUGGCUUGACCGACAGCCAGUCGGGUCUGUAGUUUACGUUUGUUUAGGAGGGAGUGGGACACUCAGUUUGAAUCAAAUCAAGGAGAUGGCUUUAGGACUAGAGAGUAGCGGGCAUCGGUUCUUAUGGGUUGUUCGGGUCCCGAGUGAUACUGUGGGCAGUGUUACGUUUUUCGACACGCAGGCACGUCAGGACCCGUUUAAUUUCCUACCCGACGGGUUUGUGGAUCGGGUCAAUGAAUCGGGUAAAGGGAUGUUGGUUCGGUCAUGGGCACCACAAGUGGAGAUUCUUAUGCAUGAAUCUACGGGUGGUUUUUUAACACAUGGGGGUUGGGGGUCGGCAUUGGAGAGUGUGGUGUAUGGUGUGCCGAUGAUAGUUUGGCCUUUGUUCGCCGAGCAUGAGAUGAUUUCGGCAUUGCUUUCAAACGAUGGCGACGGGCUAAAGGUCGCAAUUAGGGUUAAGAAAGACGAGGAUGGGAUGGUGGGGAGGGUUGAAUUGGCGAAAAUGGUGAAUGAUUUGAUGAAUGGGGAUGAAGGGAAAAGGAUUAAAGAGAAUAUGGUUAGGGUUAAGGAGGAGGCGAAUUUGGCUAUGAGGGAUGGUGCAUCUUAUAUUGAAUUGGCCAAGAAAUGGAAUAAUCAUAAUGUUAUGUAAUGGGGUUCAUGGUAUGGAGGCAAUCCGGUUCACUUCAUUUGGACCAUUAUUAUGCUUUCUUACUUUUAAUAUCGAUCUUCAAUAAAUAAAUAAAAAAAAAGGAAAAAUCGUGUAUGGUCUCAAUAUAUUUGACAUUUAUGAUCUUGAAUAGACCAUUCUUUUUUCAAAUAAUUAUUGCUACCAUGGGAUCA